AGUCAAUGCCAGAGCGCGAAGCGGUCGCGUUGACAUCGGUAGCUGCUCUCCAAUAAUUCUCCAAUACCAUAUAUUAUUCCGAUCCGAUUCGAAUCGAUUCGAUUCGAUCAGUUCCGACCGACGGACAGACGGACGGACGGACGACCAGCUAAUAUAUCGAGCAUGCUAAUUGUCGCGCUGUGAUACGCGAUUCGGUUCCAAGUAGACGGUACACGGUAUACGAUAGGCGGUAGACGCCAGCGGGCAAACAUCCAUGCGAAAUCGCCGUGCCGCCUUGCUGACACCCACUUUGAUAAGCGGAUAAUUAAGGAGUAAUACACCGUUCCUGAUUUGACUUUCGUCUGGGGCGUUGCUUUUGCCGGUGUUAAUUAAGCCUUCACACACUUAAGUGUGCCACUCGAAAUGUACGCAUGAGCACUGUCUUAUCGCCAGCCGGAUUCGGCCAACGGAGUAGACAAAAGUAAAAGGUGAUCUCACAGAUAACACCGAUUCGUAUUCGCAUUCGGAAUCGUAUUCAGAUUCAGAUUCAGUAUCAGCAGCAAUAGCAGCAACAGCAGCAUUUUCCCAUCUGAAGUCACAGACGCAGUGCAUCGGCAGCAGCUAAAAAAGCAGCAGCAUAUUCAUAAGUAAUCUUUGGCCGCAGCCACAUCGGCGGAUCAACUCCACGCCACUGGCCACUGGACACUGGUCACUGUCCACGCUCCACUGUCCAUUGAAAGGAAGUCGGUCUUGUGACUUGGACGUGGUGCUGCAGAUAAUUGAAUUUAAUGCACAAAUGAGCCCAUGAGGAAUGUGCUUUCAUAAAUCCGUCUUGCACAAGUGACGAAUGCAAUUCCUUCGCUGCGCGCCACUUGCAUUGUCUGCCAUCAUCGGAGAACACUUCACUUCCGAGUCGCACACCACCACCACCACCGUCCUACUACCACGAUGAAGGCGACCAGGAACGGAGGGCAGCUGCUCAUCGCUCCUUCGCCGCAGAGCGCCGCCCGUCUGCUGCCCCUGCGCACGUACUCCAACGCCUCCUCGCUGGGCCACCACCACGACAGGAGCACUCUCUCCGACGGCGACGAGGAGGAGGGCGGCCUGGGCUACACCCACACACUGAUGUAUGGUCGCUAUACCAAAGAUCUAGGAGAAUUUGCCAAGGAUGAAGCCAGAAAGCUCAAAAUACUCGAAAAGCGACGAAAGCAGGAAGAUAAGCAAAGGAAUAAGGAACUGCUGGGCAAACACUCGACCCGGGCGAAGCGGGUGUCAUCAUGGAUCUGGAGGCACACGGUGGCCCGGCUGGGCGAGGAUUGGGUCUUCCUCGCGCUGCUGGGCAUCAUUAUGGCCCUGCUCUCGUUCAUCAUGGACAAGGGCAUAUCCAUAUGUACAAACGCGCGAAUUUGGCUGUAUCGCGACCUGACGUCACAGCCUUUUGUUCAGUACAUCGCAUGGGUCUCACUGCCGGUCUGUUUGAUAUUGUUCUCAGCCGGCUUUGUCCAUCUCAUCGCACCGCAAAGUAUAGGUUCUGGUAUACCCGAAAUGAAGACCAUACUGCGCGGCGUUCAAUUGAAAGAGUAUCUCACAUUUAAGACACUGGUGGCCAAGGUAAUUGGUUUAACGGCAACUCUGGGCAGCGGUAUGCCAUUAGGAAAGGAAGGUCCUUUCGUACAUAUAGCAAGUAUUGUAGCACAAUUAUUAAGUAAACUUGUCACAUCAUUCCAAGGCAUAUAUGAGAAUGAGUCGCGUAACUCUGAAAUGUUGGCGGCCGCCUGUGCCGUCGGUGUGGGCGCCUGUUUUGCCGCUCCAGUCGGUGGUGUGCUCUUCAGCAUAGAGGUCACCACCACGUACUUCGCUGUGCGCAACUACUGGCGCGGUUUCUUCGCCGCUGUGUGCGGCGCCACUGUCUUCCGGCUCCUGGCCGUUUGGUUCCAAAACGCGGACACUGUCCGUGCCCUGUUCCUCACGAACUUCACCACCGAGUUUCCCUUCGAUCCUCAGGAGCUGUUCGUCUUCGCUUUGAUUGGACUCGUCUGCGGUUUGGGUGGCGCUUCAUACGUGUGGGUCCAUCGGCGGUAUGUGCUCUUUAUGCGAUCCAACAAGCGGAUGAACAAGUUCCUGCAGAAGAAUCGCUUUCUGUAUCCGGGAUUCCUGGCACUGCUGGUGUCCAGCAUCUCGUUUCCCCUGGGAACCGGACAGUUCCUCGCCGGCGAACUGAGCACCCACGAGCAGGUGACACAGCUAUUCAGCAAUUUCACGUGGUCACGAGAUGAUCUUACUGUGGAGCAGGCGGCUGUGGUGACCCACUGGAUGACCAGUUACACCAGCGUCUUUGGCAACCUUGUCAUCUACACCCUCUUCACGUUCGUGUUCUCCAUUAUCGCUUCCACGAUACCAGUUCCGUCGGGCAUGUUCAUACCGGUUUUCAAGAUCGGUGCCGGCUUUGGUCGGCUGGUGGGCGAGUUCAUGGCGGUGACAUUUCCCCAUGGCGUCCGGUAUGGCGGACGACUGUCGCCCAUCAUGCCCGGAGGCUAUGCCGUCGUCGGAGCGGCCGCCUUCUCUGGAUCCGUGACGCACACGGUCUCUGUGGCCGUAAUCAUUUUCGAGAUGACCGGUCAGAUUACGCACGUGGUGCCCGUGAUGAUUGCCGUGCUGGUGGCCAAUGCCGUGGCGGCACUGCUCCAACCGUCGAUAUACGACAGUAUUAUAUUGAUUAAGAAGCUGCCCUAUCUGCCGGAUCUGCUGCCCUCCAGUUCUGGCAUGUACAGCAUAUUCGUGGAGGACUUUAUGGUGCGGGAUGUGAAGUACAUAUGGCACGGCAUCUCCUAUCAGAAGCUCAAAGAAGUCCUCAAGCUGAACAAGACGCUGAGAUCCCUGCCACUGGUGGACAGUCCGGAUAACAUGAUCCUGCUGGGAUCCGUGCAGCGGUACGAGCUAAUCAAAAUGAUCGAGAAGCACAUCGGACGCGAGAAGCGCAUGGAGGUGGCCCAGAAGUGGCAAAAGGAGGCUCAGGAGCGAGCCCUCGAGGAGGAGAAGAAGAAACAGGAGGUGGAGCUAAAGAUGAGGCGUCCAUCGCGUUUCGAGGUCCUGCCAGCUCCGGAUAUACUCAGUUUACGGCAGAUUGCCAACGACGAAAUGCUGCCGCCCAAGAAAAGGGCGGAGACCAUGCACAGUUCGCUGGCGCCCAGGAAGUCCAUUCUAAAGAAGACCAACUCCUUCAACCUGAAGACCUACGCCCAGCCCAUGGGACACAGUCCCAGCAUCACGCCCUACACCACGAUCACCGGCAAUUCCGAGUUCCGCAUUCGCUCAGCCUUCGAGGCCAUCUUCAAGAAGUCCACCACGCUUCAGGACGUGCAGCCGGAUCCGGAAACGGGCUCCAUCUCUCCGGCUGCCAGCCACCACGAGGUGGAGGUGCCUCGAACUCCUAGUACUCCCGGUGUUUCCAAAAAGGUUCAGCUGCCUGCACAAAGUAAUUGGGAUUUUGUAACCGAUCAAAUUAUGCUGCAAGUAAACCCUAUUUCAACGGAAUUAACAAAAAUGCCUGCCGAGAAGGAUAUAGCAUUAUCGAAUAGUGGAGAUAGUUCGACGCAGUCACCGAGCAUUAAAUUCAAAGCAAAUAAAGUUGCAGAUGUAAAUAGAUCUCCUCAGGCGGGAAAAAGGUGCACGAAAAUACGAUUUGCCAAUGAAGUUGGAGUAAAUGGUUCGCCAACUCGAACGAAAUGUAAAAUAAAACCGGAAAAUGAAUUGGGUUACUCUAUCGAAGAUGUGGAUGAAACAACAAAUCCAGAAUCACUGGCUGAGAGCAUUCAAAAGACGAAGUCAGUGCGAUUGCCCAGGGAACGUGUUAUUGACAUGUCGCCGGAGGAUCAGAAGCAAUGGGAGCUGGAGGAGAUGUUGAAGCCCAUCGAUCUGCAAAAGGCCAAUGUGCACAUAGAUCCCUCGCCAUUUCAGCUGGUGGAACGCACCUCCAUACUCAAGGUUCACUCGCUGUUUUCUAUGGUGGGCAUUAACCACGCCUAUGUCACCAAAAUCGGAAGGCUCGUGGGCGUUGUGGGACUCAAAGAAUUGCGAAAAGCCAUCGAAGACAUUAAUAGCAAUAGUUUCGUACCACCGACACGAGAUGAGGAUGCGGAUGAGAAGCCGGCGGUGGAGAAACCCCUGCUGUCGACGAACUCUAGUGAUAAGGCCGUGGACAUGACCGUCACCUCGAUGGACUCGGCACUAUCCAAUUCCGAGAACUGCUCGGACAUUGAAAUGGAGCACAUAAAGCACACGGAUAAGGGCACAGUCACGCUCACCAUGCCGCCACAGGAAUCCAAGCAAAGUCCAUCGGCGGACACAAAGAACACAGAAAACGGCAAUCAUGCUUGAAACAAUAUGAUCGGCUAUCACAAUAGUUACUACGAUACGUAUACGUAAUAUGUUUGUAAAGAUCAGCUAAACACACCUAUCAUAAGUUACGUCUUACACGAGUUAGUCAUCAAUGUUAUUAUGUAUUUAUAUCUCGUUAGUUCAUAAUGUCAAAGAUAUCGUGAUUUACAUUUAAGUUGAAAAGAAAUCAAGUCACCAACGAA